ACUUGUCAGCUAGCUUGCCAGCUUCGUCAUUUUCGUACAUCGUCGUUGUCGCCCCGAGGAAAUUUAAUUUAGCAAGGGACGAGAUAUUUCUGCCGUUAUAUUAUCUAUGCCUCGAAAACGUGGUCAUGACGUUCUGUAGCUGAGACUUGGCCUUGGAGUUGUGCACGCGGAAGUAGGAAGGAAAAGGCCUUUCAAUCCACAACACCUCACUUUCGAAUGGAAGGACCAGAUACUUUGAGUGGAUCACACUCGUGCAUAUUCUGCAGGAUCGUUAGAAGAGAAGAUCCCAAGACCGUAGUGCUGUUCCAGGACGAGGACCAUGUCGUGUUCAGAGAUAUUCAUCCCGCUGCAAAGCACCACUAUCUCGUCAUUCCAAAGAGGCAUAUUAAAGACCCCAAGUGUCUCACACAUUCAGAUAUUCCCUUAGUUCAAAGACUCGUUGAAGUUGGCAAGCAAGUUCUCCAACAACAGGGAGGAGCGGUGGAUUCAUUAAGGGUGGGAUUUCAUUGGCCUCCAUUUAAUAGUAUCGCACACCUCCACUUACAUGUGAUAUCUCCUGUGGAAGAGCUGUCGUACAUUGGGAAAUUUGUUUACAUGCCAGGAUCUCUAUGGUUCUGCACAGCAGAAGAUACCCUAGCUUACUUGGAGAAGAUGGGACCAACUGCUUGACCUGGUGCUUCAUGUGCAAUUUGUGACACACCAAUCAGUAUUUAUGUUUAGGAUGAUGUUUAUUUGUCACUACUGUUGGUUAUGAAGGGUCAGAUUAUUGAGUCUUUUGUUGACCUUCAAACAGGACUGCUAGAUAGAAGUGCUUCUAUUGAGCAUCAUUAUUUUGCACACUUGUGUGCAAUUUGCAGCAUUCAGGUAUUUUCAGAGCGCUGAUUACAGAUUAAAGUACAAGCAUCCUUGCAGUCUGUGGUAUCGGGUACUUUGCAAAUGUUAUCUGCGAUUAUCUAUGUGCACAGAGAAUCAUGGACCCUGAACAGUGCAAUUUAUUACAGGGCCUUUUCGGGCAUUGCAAUUUUUCAACUGAGUCAGUGCAGUUCUACACAUUCUCUCUGCCGGUUUUAAAAACAAAGGGCAGCUACCUGAGCCAAAGCUGCCAUUUUUAUAGAAUAGUUUUCAAGUACUGGGCCGAUAUGUAUGGUACGGCAACAGUAAUAAAUACAAUUUAGGACCCUGCAGGUAAGAUGCAAGCAGUGCAUGUGGGCUUUAAUAGCAUAGAUAGGGAUUGAGAUCUACCAGAAUUUCAGAGAUGACUAAUGGUGCUAUUUACAUGAUUAUGAGGUUGUAAUCUUGUCAUAUUUUGCUCUUGCAUGCAAAUAUUUAUGAAUGACAAAUAAAAGUAUACUGACAA